AUGGGCAGGGGGAUCAAGAUGUACUGGCAGCCCUGGACCAAGAUUGAUGUCGAGGUCCCGGUACACGAGGUCGGCGCCGACGACAACACUUUGCCCAAGUCGGAAUCGCACCUGAUUCCUGCGUUAUACAGAGAAUGUGCGUUCCUCUUCUUCACCCAGAUCACCCUCAAGACAGCUCCCAACGGCGCAACCAAGGACAAGGCGAUCAAUGAUAUUAGCAACGAGAACCAGACGCCUCAUGGCGUCAAAGUACUGGCAAAUGUCAGAAGUGCCCAGAGCACCGACUUCCUAUUCAGGGGGCACGCUUCCGGCGAAGGCUGUCUGGUCGAGACAGAGAAUCUCCCAGACGUAUCUCGCUCAAAUUCUGGAUCCGGUCUACGCCAAGCUCCUCGCUCCCUCCUGCUGAUCAAGCAGGGCGGCGGCGCCUUCGCCAUUGCCAAGCAUGUUCCCGCACCGAGUACCAGUAUUUUUGUCAUCGAUGUGGAGCGCUGGAUCAAUGCAGGGGAAGGCCAGCAGCCUCGGUACCUCAACUAUCCGCUAGGAGGUGUGCUGGUCGUAUCACUUGUCCUCUCGCAGAACAUUUAA